CUGAUAGUCCUUACACACAAGUCCAUAUAUUCAAUAAUAAUGUCACCUCAAAUCCCCUCAGAAAAAGAUAUCACUCUUCACACUCACUUUUUCAACAUCCAAACUAGUCCUUCCCCUAUUUAUGCUCUACUUCCUUAGACCCUUCAACUCCCCUCUCUCUCUCUUUUCAGCAUGAAUUCAAUUCAAUUCUGUAAAGGUGAUUAAUACACAAAAGUGUAAUUAAAGAAUGGGAAGGAAGCCUUGCUGUGAGAAGAAGGGUUUGAAGAAAGGUCCAUGGACUGCUGAAGAAGAUGAAAUCCUUUCUAACUAUAUCAAAAACAAUGGUGGCCAUGGUAGCUGGCGUUCUCUUCCUAAGAUCACAGGACUCCUUCGUUGUGGUAAAAGUUGCAGACUUAGGUGGACAAAUUAUCUUAGACCUGACAUUAAAAGGGGUCCCUUUACUUCUGAGGAAGAAAAACUUGUUAUACAACUUCAUGGCAUCCUAGGAAACAGGUGGGCUGCUAUUGCUUCUCAGUUACCAGGAAGAACAGAUAAUGAGAUAAAGAAUUUAUGGAACACACACUUGAAGAAGCGGCUCAAGAACAUGGGAAUCGAUCCGAAAACACACGAGCCGGUUGCCUCGCCACAUUACCCCCUCGACAAGGCACACUCCUCGUCGAUUUCCACGCGCCAUAUGGCUCAGUGGGAGAGUGCAAGGCUUGAAGCAGAGGCAAGGCUCUCAACAGAAUCAUCAAAAUUUAACAAGAAUAAUCCUUCUUCGCUCGGCGAAGGCAAAAGUACUAAUGAAUCCGAUUACUUCCUCCGGAUUUGGAACUCGGAAGUAGGCGAGGCGUUUCGCAGUGUUGGUAAAUCGGAAAACAAAGGUACCUCAAACAAUGGAAUUGGAGGGAAUCAUGUGAAGGAAGAGUUAGUGUUAUGUGCUGAAGAAGAAGGUAUGGUUGUUCAUGGUUCUGAUUCUUCAUGCUCUAAUGAAUUGGAAGAUUCAUCUGACACUGCAUUGCAGCUAUUGUUAGAUUUCCCCAUAAACAAUGACAUGAGCUUCUUAGAGGGAAACUCUUUUGAUUGCAACAUUUAGUAGUUAUGUUAUGUUAUGUAUGAUAUUGUGUAAUAUUAAUGUAGGUUUUGGUUUGGUAUUUUGUAACACACUCGUAUUUAUUUUCUAAGAUAUUGAGGAAUUAUGUGAGAA